AUGCUAUUUAUGCGAAAAUAUUAUCCUUCGCAUGGAUAUUUUAUUUUAUUUAUUGUAUUAUUUUCUCUAGCGAUCUCAGUGACAUUUUAUGAUGCAAUAUUUUCGAAAAACCUUUUUCAUAAACUAUUCUAUAAAAAUAAUCAAACGAAUAUAUCAUCGAAUGAUUAUCUUCGUGUAAAAUUAAAUUUAAAAAUCAAUGAAGCAAAGUGCGAAUAUAAUGAUAACUUGAUAGUAUAUAUUCUAUCAACAGUAACUAAUUUUCAACGAAGAAAACUUAUACGUUCAACAUGGGGAUCACCAUUGAUCGGAACUUGUUUCGUAUUUAUUGUUGGUAGAAUAGAAAAUUCAAAUUCAAUUCAAUUACGUUUAAAUCAUGAGAAACGGCAAUAUCGAGAUAUUGUACAAAUCGAUCAUAUUGAAUCAUACGCUAAUGUUAUUUAUAAAGAAAUCGGAGCACUAAAAUGGUCACAUAAAUUCUUGCCAUUUAUUCCAUAUUUAUUUAAAACUGAUGAUGAUUUAAUUGUUGAUUCGAUAUUAAUAUCAUCUAUGGUACAAAUACUUGUAACGAAUUUAGUUAAUAAGACAUCAUAUAUUUCACGAAACAGUCCAAAACUUGAAAGACAUCUUGUAACAGCUAAUCGAGCUACGCUUUUUCGUGGAGGUUGGGCCAUGAACAAUCAACCAACAGUACGCGAUGGAAAAUUUCGUGUUAGUGAAGAUAUUUGGCCAGAUUCAACUCUUCCACCAUAUUGUUCUGGUUUUGGUUGGCUGAUGUCAAAACCUAUACGAAAUAAAUUACUUGAAGCAUCAUAUAAAUAUCCAGUAAAUAAAACAGUAUGGAUAGGUGAUGUAUUUCUAUCGGGAUUUUUAGCUGAUGUAGCAUAUGUUAAAUGUACACAGAUACCAAUUGAAUAUGCACAAACAUUUUCUGGAAAUUGUUCAUGUUUAAUGAUUCAAAAGCCAAUGUUAACUGUUUGUUCGUCGUCAAUGCAUGGUGGAAUGGGAAAUAAUGAAUCACAAAUGUAUUAUGAAUAUAAAAAAGCUUGGAAAGUUAUUCAACAACGUCAUAGUUUUGUAAAUAGGACAAAUACAGAUUUGAAAGAUUGUUUAUAG